CGCCUCCGGAACCACACUGCGCAUGCGGCGGCGCGCGGCGCGCCUGCGCGCUGCUCACUUCCGGCCCCUCGUCGGCAGGAGCUGGCGGAGCGGGCGGCGGUGGCGCUGCCAUGGUGUUCUACUUCACCUCCGGCGCUGUUCCCACCGUUUACACCAUUUACAUGGGAAAGGAUAAAUACGAAAAUGAAGACCUCAUCAAGUACGGCUGGCCUGAAGACAUCUGGUUCCACGUGGACAAGCUCUCUUCUGCCCACGUGUACCUCCGGCUGCACAAGGUGAGCCCACGGCACGCGUGUUUAAAAGGCCUCCGGGGAGCGUUCACGGUCCCAGGCUGCGGCGAGCCCUGUGCCAGACCCUCCUGGCUGCCGGGAGCUGCUAAAGCCCCGCGAGGAAAGCAGAGCGCAGAUCACUGCGGUGGUUUCAUCGUGCCAGGCAGCUGAACACCACCACCGCUCCCUCGCUCCCC